AUGUGGAGCUCACAGGGGCCCAUCUCGGCAUUUGUGAUGCUGGUUGUUGCCACCGUGCACGCGGGAGUGAAGGUGACCCCAGCUGUGAAGUACACGAAGAUGAAGCCCCUACAGCUGGCGGGUGACGGUGCCUCUCGCACCCCCCUCACCCCCCUCGUGGGGAAAAGCCCAUUCCCGGCAGCACCGGGCAGAGCCGAGUCACCCACCCCGAGCCCCGCGGCCCGAGGGGCCACCACACUCUUCCCCUUCGAGAACUACACGCUCGACACAGCCGAUUUCUUCUUCAACUGCUGUGACUGCUGCCCGCCUGCCGUGGGGCCCCGGGGGCAGCCGGGGGAGCAGGGACCCCCAGGUCCCAAGGGGGAGAAGGGAGAUGCUGGUCUGCAAGGUCUGCCAGGAACUCCAGGUCCUCAAGGUCCAAAAGGUUCUAAAGGAGAAAGAGGAGGCAAAGGGGAGCAAGGUGAGCGAGGAGUAAGUGGAAACCCCGGUUAUCCAGGCAAACCUGGGCAGCAAGGUGAAACUGGAGUAAAAGGCAAUAAGGGCAACUACGGCUUCCCUGGACUGAAGGGACAAAAGGGGUCCAAAGGGGACACUUGUGAGAACGGGACCAAAGGAGACAAGGGAGAUAGGGGGGAUGCUGGAGAGCCGGGAGUGGAUGGAGAACAGGGUGACAAAGGGGAAAAGGGAGACACAGGGGAGAAGGGGUAUUGCGGGGAGCCAGGGGGGAGAGGUGCGAAGGGAGAAAGAGGGGAAGGGGGGACAAAGGGAGAAAAAGGGAGCAAAGGGGAGAUGGGAGUUGAGGGAAUUCAGGGGGUGGAUGGAAAACAGGGAGAAAAGGGCGAGCGAGGAAGUAAGGGUGAAAAAGGGGACCUGGGACCUGCUGGCAUGAUGGGACCUUCUGGGCCCAAGGGGGUCACUGGCAGCAAGGGGGGCCGAGGGGCCCCGGGAAAGAAAGGCUCCCGUGGGGCGAAGGGCGCCCGAGGGGACACCACAAAGCUCUUGCGAUCAGCGUUCAGCGCCGGCUUGUCCAAGCCCUUCCCUCCGCCCAACGUCCCCAUUAGAUUUGACAAGAUCUUGUACAACGACCAAGAAGAUUACAACCCUUCCACCGGGAAAUUCAACUGCAGCGUGCCCGGGGCGUACGUCUUCGCCUAUCACCUGACGGUGAGAGGGCGUCCAGCCCGCGUCAGCCUCGUCGCCCGCAGCAGGAAGGUGGCCAAAGCCCGCGAGACGCUCUACGGCCAGGAGAUCGACCAGGCAUCCUUCCUGACCAUCCUGAAGCUGAGCGCGGGUGACCAGGUGUGGCUGGAGGUUGCGCGGGACUGGAACGGGGUCUACGUCAGUGCUGAGGAUGACAGCGUCUUUACGGGGUUUCUUCUGUAUCCAGAUGUUUUUGAGAUCCUGCUAUAG